ACCGAAAUGUUAGGUAUUUCUUUAUCUUUAAUUAGAGCUUUUGUGUUGGAGUCCUAAAUAUGGGUUCGAGCCCGAAAUAUAAAAUUGCCUUGUUUUACGUUACACGAAUCUGAAUUUAGUCUGGUUACAAUAAUAUCGGGUGUAAAUCAUAAAAAAAGACUUUCUUCUUCAGUAUCAUCAGAGGUUAAAAAAAAACUUUCUAUAUUUGUUUAGCUUCAGCAUCAUCAGAGGUUCAGACUGAGAGAAAAGGAGAUGACUUUGGGACUGAUAAAUGCAAAUCCAGUGGUUCACGCCAAAAAGGAGAGGAUCGCUCGCCCUGAAGAUCAUCACGCCGUUGAUGCUCUCGACAUUUAUGAUUUCGUGAGGGAUAUAAGAGAUCCAGAGCAUCCGUAUUCGUUAGAGCAGCUGAGUGUGCUCUCCGAAGAGUCCAUUACUGUUGACGAGAAGCUUGGACGCAUUCUGAUUACUUUCACCCCAACCAUCCAGCAUUGUAGCAUGGCAACUGUGAUUGGCCUUUGUUUGAGAGAGAAGUUGAAGAAUUGCUUCCCUCCUCAUUUCAAG